AUGGCGUUGCUGGUCCUGUUGGUGACUGUCUCUUUCCUCGCCAACCCGAUCUCAGCAAGGACUGCUCUGUACGGAGCAUGCGACGUGAAAAACAAUCAUCUGGAUGUAGAUACUAAAGCUUUUGUGACCGAUUGUGAUUCUUUCGGAUAUUGCUCGAUCAACGGUACUUGUGUACCUAGACAAUGUCGACGAGACGAGUAUCUCCUAUCUUCUUUACUCAAUACCGACACACCCAUCCCCCCUUUAUGUCCCUCGGGAACCUUUUGCCCUGACGAUGCUAGUGGAUGUUUACCUCUGGUUAAAGUUGAUGGGGAAUGUCAGUUGAAUAGGGAUGAUGAAUGUGCUUCACCACCCGAUGGGAUGAUAUUGGUCGUUCCUAGUCCAUAUGAUGAACCCGAGGGUGAUGGAUCGAUAUGUCUAUUGGGGAAAUGCAUGUGGUCAAAUGUUACUUUAGGUCAAACAUGCUUGAUUGAAAAUACAACAUAUGUCGGGUAUGAUCACUCAGGGAUGAGUUUCACUAAUACAGUGAUGAGAGAUAAUUGUAUACAAGGUCAAGGAUAUUGUGAUAUAGGAUCGAAUACAUGUUUAUCAUUAAUGGGAACUAAACAAGAAUGUACGACAGAUAGACAAUGUCAAUCUUAUAACUGCGAAAGAGGAUUAUGUCAGGUACCAUCUGAGAGUUCCAUCAAAGUUGGUAAAUGGGUUUAUGCACUUACAGGCGUAUCCAUCGGAAUAGGUAUGGCAGGAGUAUUGUCGAUUCUUCUGUUGAUGCAUCGAAGAGCUCAAAAGAGUAGGAGAAUCAUGUUAGAGGAAUAUUACAAAGAACAACUUGGUUAUCGAAAUUCGAUCAUCUCCUUCCAUUCUGCUUUGUCUCACAAGGUUAAAGAUACAUCAACAUCUACAUUGAAAGCUCAGGAGAUUGAAAGAACACUUAGUAAUUUGAGUGAGAUCACUCUGGUCAAUACUCGUAGAUGA